UUCAGGUCAUGGAUUUCCAAAAUCGUGCAGGUGGAAAAACUGGAGGUGGCGGAGUAGCAUCCUGGUCUGACGCAAAUGUUGACCGACGCGAGAGGUUACGUCAGUUGGCGUUGGAAACAAUCGAUCUGCAGAAGGACCCAUACUUUAUGAAAAAUCAUCUGGGUGGCUAUGAAUGCAAACUUUGCUUAACGUUACACAACAAUGAGGGCUCCUACUUGGCGCAUACACAAGGCAAAAAGCAUCAGUCGAAUUUGGCUCGACGUGCUGCAAAAGAAGCAACUGACCAGCCUUACAUGCCUUUACCACAACAGGUCAAAGUGGAACCAAAGAAAUUUGUCAAAAUUGGGAGGCCUGGUUAUAAGGUAACAAAAGAACGAGAUCCAGCAACGGGCCAGCAGGCUUUGUUGUUCCAAAUUGAUUACCCUGAAAUUGCUGAAGGUGUUACUCCCAGACAUCGGUUUAUGUCAGCUUAUGAACAAAAGGUGCAGCCACCUGACAAACGUUGGCAGUACAUUCUGUUUGCUGCUGAACCGUACGAAACGAUUGCUUUCAAGAUACCAUCGAGAGAGGUAGACAAAGCGGAAGACAAGUUUUGGACUUUAUGGAAUAAAGAUACCAAACAGUUUUUUAUGCAGUUCGCAUUUCGGUUCGAUCGAAUGUCCCAGCACGAUGAACCUCCACCUCCACCUCCGUCUGCAGCUGCUGCAAUGAUACGACCAUCACCAGUACCACCACCUAUGUUCCUACCUCCACCUUUUUAAGUGUUAGAUGCUGCACUGUUUUAUUAAAGCGCCUGCUUGUUUGUUUGUACAGAAUAGAACCAUUUUCCAGUGUUCUAUCAUUCUUGAGAGUUGAGAAGGUAUAAGUGAUCACUAUAACUUGUGAUUUUCGAUUUUGUUUAACGGAUUGAAAACAUUUAUUGUUUGCUUUCACUAGAGAAAGAAGAGAAAUGUGUGGAACCGAAAAAAAGACGUUUAUUUAUGUAUUCGAAUAACUGAUGUGAUUUUGAUUUUCAAAACUUGUCAUAACCAUGCAGUUUAACAGGAAUGCAAAUUUCGUUCAGAAUAAAAUUUACUACGGA